UUUAACGACACUCUCGAAGCAUCAUGAUAAAAGAUAUCAAUCCUGAAUCCUUCACCUUCGAGUUUUUCAGCCUCCCUGAGUUGAACCAUACCUACAUAAUUACUCCCACAAUAGGCAUCCGUGUCUUAUUUAAAUCUCCCUCGCCAUUGUUAAUUUUUUAUUUGUACCACCCCAUGUGAACUUCAACCGAAUUGGAGCCAACCAAUGGAAGACAAUCAAUCUAAUUGAUUCUGACCUCCUUGGUGUAAUAGAGUUCAAGUGCCGGGUCUACUGCCGCUAUAAAACUUGAUAGCAGAUCACGACCGUUGAAGCCGCGCAUGACUAUAAAAUCACAAGCACUCAUUCAUGCAUGACUUGAUACAACGACAGCACUGGGAGUUCUUCUCCAACAGUACUGCAAGAUGACCACCCCUUUUCCCAAGAACCCAGACUGGUCCUCCAUCCCUAAGACCAUCCUCUUCAAGAUCUCCGGCCACCUCAACGCCGUCGACCACAUCCACUUCCGCUGGGUCUGCACCUCAUGGCUCGCAGCCUCACCAAAGCGCCCCAAGAUCCCUCUCAUCGUCACCUGCGACGUCAACAACUAUCGCCAUUUAUCCUCUCUAGACUUCUACGACCUCGUCCGCAACCAAAAUAUCCCCCUCUCACUCACUGCCAGAAAUGCUCUUUCCAGCCUCCUCUCCACCGUUUAUAACUACAUCGGCUGCUCUCAUGGAUGGAUUUUCUUGGCUGCUACUAGAAGGAGACCAAUGAUCAUAUCAUUCCUGAACCCGUUCACCGGCGAGAAAGUCACCCUCCCUGAAAUGAAUAAAGUCAACGUCUCUCCGAUCAAAUGCCCACGUGUUGUCCUCUCAUUGCCUGUUGUGGUUUGCUACUCCCUUUUGCCAAGGGAGCUUAGCUUCAUCCGGUUUGGCGAAACCAAGUGGAAAAGAAUCGAACUAUCUAGUCCACUACGAGAUGUGACGGCGUUCAAGGGCCAGUUCUACGGCCACUACUACUAUGGUAGAAACAGAAACAAGCUCUAUCUGAUCGAUCUUGAGGCUAACAAUGGGAAUGGAGCCGUUGUCCCUGUUCAACUAGACUUGCCGGACAUGCUUUCCGGAGAGGUGCUAAUUUGGGAGUUCUUGGUUGAGUUCUCUGGUGAUCUCCUUGUGGCUAUUUCUAGACUUAAUAGUGGACACGAGUAUGAGUUCUUGAAGGUGGAUUUUGAGAAUGGUUUGCUCCAGAUGUUGCCUGACAUCGGCGAACAUGUGCUUUUCUUGGGAGACAGUCUCCCGGUGUUCGCUCCACCAGAGAGAUUGUUGGAUUUCCGUCCUGGUCGCUGUCAGUUCCCUGAAAACACUGAUGCACUCUCUGUCUAUGAUAGUAAUCAGCUUGGAUGUAUUCUGUCCCUCAAAGGGAACUUGGGGGAUCACAGUCAACGUAGGAUAGCCGCCGGUUGGAUUACUCCACUUCAGUUCUGAAAGAGUCUUUGGAAUGAGUGAGGUUGUUGAGGGAUACAAAAAAUGGUUACUUCUUUAAUUGAGUGAUGAUCAUCUUGAGCGGCUAAAGAUUCUCAAGGCUCUGUUUCUUAAAGAUAGUCCUGCUGGAUGGGUUGUAUAUAUAUAUAUAGCUUGAUGUUGCGCACUUAUAUGAUUUUUGAAAGACUCUA